AGUACAAAAUCCCAAACAGUCGAAUUUAAUUUAAUCGUUGAAGGCACUCGAAAAGAAUUGGUAGAUUUAGAAUCGUUGUUGAAUGAGAAAAUGAAAGGAGUUUCAAGAAAUGCGAUAUAUGAGAUAUCAUGAGUGUUACCGGUGUCACCUCCCUGGAAGCGAUGCGAUAUGCGAUAGUAAUCAUGGCGACUCUGUAACCACAAAAAAUCCACAAGAUUUAAGUGCGUUUGAAGAAAUCAAUUUUUGUACGUUUCUUUUUUUAAACGGCUUGAAUGUCAAUGUAUGAAACUGUGAGGAGAUAUAACACUAUAACUAAUAGAACUAGAAUGGUAGUACAAAAAAGGGAUUAAAUUUGAUCAUCGCGUGCGUUCCAAGAGGAAAAUUCUGUGGUGAUUAAAAUGUGAUUCCGAUACAAGGCGCCGAUUCCAUACAAAUACUUGCAAUGUUUCAUGGACGAAUAAGUAGCAGAUAUUACGUCAAUUAUGUGUUGGUGGAUGAAUUAGUGGUUAGUUCGUCAAUAAAGAGCGAUCGUAAAACGAACUUAACCUCUUUCGGGGUUGUAAAAUCUCGAGAACACCUAGAAUAGGCAUUGAGCAGAAGAUAUGCGAUGUCUGAAACCGAAUACAUUUGGUUAAAUAUAUAAUUGAUCCUCGAGGAUGUUGGAUUUCGAGAGUUUAGUAAAUUUUUUAAGUCAACAAACAAACGAGAUUGGACGAUGGUGGUGGUGGUACGUCAUGGAAAUAUCCUGGCAAUUGAUUGCUGGUGUUGUAGCAUAUUUUUUUGUUUGUGGCAUUCUCUAUGUCCUGAUGAAAAAAGUGAGUCAUCAAGCUUGGCAGUUGCCUGGCCCACCGUCCAGAAUUCUCCUCGUUACAGCUCAUCCGGAUGACGAAAUUAUGUUCUUUGGACCCAUGCUAUAUUCGCUCGUCAGUCUUCCUGCCACCAAAAUUUAUCUUCUGUGCUUCACGAUCGGUGGAGACAAAAGAAGGAAGGAAGAGUUAUGGUCGUGUACCAAAAUUUUGGGCAUCCCAGAAUCUGGUGUCACCAUUUUAAUGAAUUCAGAGCUACCUGAUGAUCCCACAGUACAAUGGUCGAGCGAUGUAGUGGCUGAAAGAAUACUGCAACAUAUAGAAAUGUAUAAAAUAAAUGCAGUCGUGACUUUUGAUAAACAUGGAGUGAGCGGUCAUAAAAAUCAUAAAUCUCUUUUCUAUGGAAUCGCCUUACUGUGCAUAGAAGGGAAAGUUCCUUCCUAUUGUAAAUUAUAUAUAUUAGAGUCCGUUAACAUAUUUAGAAAAUACUCUUGGCUAUUGGAUCUUCCCAUAAGUUUGAUGUCUUCUUCAUACUGGUAUUUGGUUACUUACGAGCAAAGAAAACUACUUAAAAAAGCUAUGGCUGCCCAUCGUUCUCAGUACGUUUGGUUUCGAAAAUUAUACAUGAUUUUUUCACGCUACACGUUUAUCAAUACGCUGCAAGAGGUGAACGCUCUGGACUUGGAGUUGGAUCUUCAAUUUGAGGACGAUUGAUACAAGGGCAAAGAAAUACGAAAAAAAAUUAUGAAUACUGUACAGGCCAAAGUUAUCUUUAUGAGAGAACAUUUGUACAUAGCCAAUAAAAAGUUCUCUAUCAAGAAA